UGCACUGCUCGCCGAGGGUCUAUCUUUGUGCUGCACCGGUGCUGUGCUGCACUGCUCGCCGAGGGUCUGUCUUUGUGCUGCAUUGGUACUGCGCUCUCCCAGAGAGUGAUGUCACCGGCUCGGCGCUGGCCUUGGGCUCGGUGCUGAUGGCGGCCGGCUUCCUGAAGCCCGACGACCGACUGCUGAGAGGGGAUGGAGGUGGCCGGGACGCCGGCGGCGGAGGAGGAAUCUCUGGGCGAGUUUGUGCAGAAACUGCAGCUUGUGUUUGAUGCGGUGGCCGAGGAACCGGGCGGCUUCCUGCCGGUGCAGCGCUUCAUUCAGAUGGGGUUGCGCUUCGUGGAGGGAGACGAGCUGCAGAGAAUGGCUCAACUGCUUGAUCCCCACAACCUGGGUCUCAUCAGCUUCCAGGAAUUCUGCAGAGGAAUCUUUGCCAUAAAAGGGUGUGGUGACCUGUUGGACAAGGGCGAGUGUGCGGAGAGUUCGCCUGUCACUCAUUACCACACGCAGGAUGGAGUUUCUGCAUAUCAGCAGGCAGCUGCUGGGGGGUCCAUGGGCUACCACAGGGGGCUCAGUGACUGCGGCCACUAUCCCAGUGAUCUCAUCUUGACCAUCGGCCAUCAAAAUGAGCACCCGGAAUCCGACAUGGAUGGUUCUUUCAAGAGCACCCGGACCUCAGGCAUGCAGAGCGGCAGGGGUGAGGGGAGAGAUGGUCUCUUCUUACAGAGCCCACAACGGAACAGCCAUUGCGUGGAGAGCGGACACGUGUCACCGGCGGUGAGCUCCCUACACAGCGGCGAAGAACAGUUUGAGGAUUAUGGGGAGGGGGACGUGUCCCCAGGCAGUCCAUCUGCCGACGAGGAGGGACGCACACAUGCCUGCUCUGACCUGGGCUCGUCCCUGUGCUCCAGUGCCGGACAGACCCCGCGGAGAGGGGGAGCCGUUUCUCCCAGGACGGGUCUCGAAGUUUUCUGUGCUCAGUGUAGCCGCCGCAUCGAUCUGCUCAGUGACCUGGCGACCCGGCUCCGCAAGCUCAAGGCCGAAGGCUCCAGCAGGAAGUUGUCAUCUACAGCAUUUGGAAGACAACUCUUCCACACCAGUAACUACAAUAGCAACAGCUCUGAGGACUUGUUCCGGGACACCAUCGACCCCUGUGAGGACGACAUCGCCCAGAAGGUGUGUUACCUGGAGAGGAAGGUUUCGGAGCUGGAGAAUGAACGAAUCAUUAAGGGCGACCAGAAGAGUAAACUGAAACAGGAGAAUGUUCACCUGGUCCACAGGGUACAUGCAAUGGAGGAGCAGCUGCGGGAACAGGAGAGCCGGGCGCAAGAGGAGCUUCAGCAGGAACUGCGACGACAGCGACAGCUGCUCAGCCGACUCGAGCGUCAGAAGGAGGAGGAGAUCCUCACCCUCAACUCCAGGGCCCAGCAGCUCGAGGAGGAGUCACAGCAGUUGAGACAGACAGCCAGCCGGCUGAAGACCCAAACCCAGCGGCUUGACCAGGAGCACCAGCGGAUCUCGUACAAGCUGGAAGAGACGAGCCUGCGCCUGUGGGACGAGGUGGAUCUGUACCGCAGGAUGGUGGACAGGAUGAGGCAGAACCGGCAGGAGUUUCAGAGGGAGCGCGAGGCCAUGCAGGAGCUCAUUGAAGACCUGCGCAGGGAGCUGGAACACCUUCAGCUCUUUAAGCUGGACACUGAGAGGCCGGGCUGGGCUCACAGUUCACCGUCCGCUCUCUACCGCCUCUCCCUCCGCUCCCGGGAGCUUGAGCUUGAACACGAGGUCCGCCGACUGAGGCAGGAGAACGCGAGGCUGCGGGAACAGAACAUGGAGCUGAACGGACAAGUCCUUGGCCUGAGUCUGAGUGAGGCGGCCGGCCUCUUCCAGAACCCAGCGCAGAGCCUGGCCACCGAAAUCGACACCGCCAGCCGUGACCAGCUGAUGGAGGCGCUGAGGGACCGGGAGGAGAUUAACCUGCGUCUGCGUCAGUACAUGGACCGAAUCAUCCUCGCAAUAAUUGACCACAACCCCUCAAUCCUUGAGAUCAAAAAGUAGCGCCUGGCGAGGGAAUAUUCACACCGAGGGAGCGUCACACUGAGGGAGCGUCACACUGAGGGAGCGUCACACCGAGGGAGUGUCUACACCGAGGGAGCGUCCACACUGAGGGAGCCUCACACCGAGGGAGUGUCCACAUUGAGGGAGCACCUGACAUCCACACUGAAUGUCCAGUGAGGGAGUGCCCCAGUGAGAGAGAGCUCUGGGUGCUAUUGCUCACCGAACCCUGUCUAACGUUGAUAUGUCGGUCCCUCACAGGACAAUGAUCAGCUGUGUCACACAAAUGUUGAUUGGGACUCUCGUUACUCUGCAGGGUGAUAGAUGCAGUGAAACCCCAGCACCUCUGUCCACCCUGUCCGAUCACUGGUCAGCAUCAGUGGGAGAGUCUCUGCCCGUCCAGUGUGGGGGUGCCGAGUGACUGGGACAGUGAUGUGGGUGUUCUCCUGGAAGACGGGUCUCUCAGGGUUGAGGCUAGUCUUAAGGGGCGGAUCAAAUCUGGAGUCAAAUCUCACCUAAAGCUGCAUAUGGGGCCCUUCCUCCACAUUCGGCUCUCUCUACUCCUCGCCCUCUCCUCCUCCUAACCCCAGACAGACCACAGACAGUGCCUGCCUCAUCCCAGACAGACCACAGACAGUGCCUGCCCCAUCUCAGACAGACCACAGACAGUGCCUGUCCCAGCCCAGACAGACCACACACAGCACCUGACCCAUCCCAGACAGAGUGAGAUGAAAGGCAGUGUGCAGAUGGGUUUGUGGGAAGUGGACAGUGAUAUUUUUGGGAAUUUGGUUCAAUGGC